GGUGCGUUUCCGCACGCCCUCGAUAGGCCUUGCUGUGGCAUGAACUGGCAUCAUUAGAGGCUGACCCAUGCUGAUCCACUGGAGGAGACUUUAGGACUGAUUGGCCUAUUCACCGCCGAUAAGUCGGCAUGAGGCUGACAAUGAUCGCAGUCACAGGGCGAGCGACGUUCCCUGGCAGAGUGAUAUUUUAAAACGUGUUUAACUGAAGGUCAUUAGCCAACCAAAAACCAGGAAGCUGUCACCGUCGAAUCUCCUCGAGAACUGAAGACUCUACCAGCAUGCCGGACAGCAUCUCCAGUGCAGGAAGUUCAGGGCACGUGCCUCUUCCAAGGUCGCAGAACCGUGGCAAUAUCAAACCGAGUCAAACAUGGGCCUACGUCCUACUGACAGUCUUUCUUGCCUUUGCCUUGUCUCUCAUAGCAUCCAGAUGGAUCAUUGCCGAAACUGCGAAGUACGUCACCAGUUUUACCCUGGAUAUGUUCUUCACAAUCAUAAUGACAACAGUGAUCGUCUGCAAUGUCUUUUUCUACUGCGUGAAUGCGAGACCUGCCCAGUUCGUCACGAGUUUGUGGCCAAGACGUAGUAUCUCGCGAUUGGCUGUCGCAGGGAUGGGAGUGUUUCUGAUUGGUGCAACAAUCUUUGACAUCAUUUCCGCCAUCAGUAACUUCAACUGCCUCCCAGUUUUGGUGGAAGUCGGCUGUGGCGUCAAAGCGGCCAUUGGUAGUACGGUUUAUCUAAUUCUACGUGGAAUCCACAUGGGAGCACAACUAAUGUUCGUCAUCUGGGCUGCCACUCAAGUGCAUCGUGGGGGCGGGGUUCGAUACACAUGGGUCUUUUUCAUCAACAUUGCAGUUAACCUCGCCGCUUGGUUGUAUUCAGUUGUUUACGAAUCGAAAGAUCUGUUCAGUGAUACGAUCCGCCACAUCGAGUGCAAUGACACGCUGCGAUCGGGGAGGAACUUUACGACACGUCAACGAAACUGCAUGAUGGGUGAGUGCGCUGUAGAAAAGAUAAAGGACUCGCUGGAGACGUAUCUCUACUCCUUCCACACAGAGUUCUACUUGAUCGCGACGUCAAUCCUCCUUGCCGUUUGGAAAAACAUUCGAUACGUUCACAGCGUCGAGAAAGAUCUGCUCAGGAGGUCUGUUGGAAAUUACCCAAUCACAGAGGAUCCUGAAAGUGACGACUCACCUCAUUACCCUGUUAUGGGGCUUGGCGGUGAUCGGAUCCGUGGUGAUACUUUCCUAAGUGGAAACGCCACCUGCCGCCUUUCGAGAAAUGGGAGUGAAUUUACAGACUCUAUCGAAAGUAUGCAUGUGGAGGAGCCUGUCUCUGACCAAACAUACACCGCGCAGGGUCUUCGGGAUGAUUUGUGGAUCGUCGACAUUCGAGGGGAGUCCCCUCGGCAAUAUUCCGAGGACGGAGAUGGCGAGUUCUUCGAGAGUUCGCCUCUGCUGCCGCCAAGUGGAGGGGGUAAGAAUAGGUCGAUUCGUCUUCCCAUCUGCCUCUCAUCCUGCAGUGGGGGCUUGUGGUACAUUGGUCUUAUCUUGACCUGCGUCUUCGUGGUCCUUGAAGGUCUCCUCUACAUCAACGACGACAGCACAUUCAUGGCACUUUUUUUCUAUAAGCCUGUUCUAUAUUUGAUCAUGACAGUCACCGCAAAGUGGCUCAUGAUUAAAAUGACCAAAGAGGCGCAGUCGCUCCACCUAACGGCGAGUGACUGGAUCCUGCUUCUGACAGGCGGUGCCAUCUUUGCUUACAACUUCUUGUGCAUCCUGGCUGAGAUCAAUGUCAUGGCCAACCGCAUCAAGGUCAAUGACUUUCCCAGCCGCACGUUGCUGUACGUCAGCUUGUUGACAGGUAUCCUUGACAACCUGCAGACGAUAUUCCAGUGUCGUCUGCUGUUCUUCAUGAAACAGUCCUCCAGCGUCGCACUGGUUGGCCCAAUGGAAAAACAAGCCUUGCUCUUCCUUCUCAUUACCAACGUGGGAAAGUGGUUGACCGGAAGUUUCGUGGAGAUUAAAUACCCCGGGGCAAAACCGGUUCAGAACUUUUACUAUCAAGAGGCUUGGAAGUAUAUCAUUCACGUCACAUGUCCUUUCAGUGUAUACUUCCGGUUUCAUUCUGCCAUGUCAAUGGCAGAAUUCCUUGGGAAAGUACGCCUGAAUGAUUGAAAAUCGUGCUAUCAAGGCGACACAUAUACAAUCAACUGUACUUGUACAGGCUUCAGAAUGGACCCAUCGUUUUGAUAUUAAUCGAGUCAGAGGUUUACUUGUGUGGUACAUGACAUAAUAUACAUGUAAUGAACAGGCUUAUCGAAAAAGAAGUCCCACCAAAUAAACUGCUAAAAGUACAUGUAUGUGCUUGGAGUAACCAACGAACAGUGUGAAAGGUUAACGCAGAGAAUGGAGAAGAACCAGGAGGACCA